AUGCCAGCUGAUCCGGUCUUGUGUAUAUUUAUUUAUUUACAGUUAUUUUAAUAUAUUUAUGAGUUAAAAACGUGUCUUUUCCCAGUUUAUCUGCAUAAUGUGGUUAAAAUGAAGCAAACCUCUUCGUUUGUAAGCGAAAUACUGUGAAAAUUAGUCUGCCUGUGGUUAGGUUAGUACAUCACGCAAGAUGUUAGAUUGCCUUAUAAACAGCCGCGGUUGCGAUGACCGCCUCAUUUCGAUCCAACCAACGAUGUCGGAGGUUGCUAACGGAACCCCAGUUGAAAAAGAGACCUUUUUCGAUAUGGACGCCUGUUAUGAAACAUUCGACAAGGAUGGGGAUGGGCAGUUGAAUCUAGAAGAGUUCCGGCUGAUCUGCAAGGCGUUAUUCCGUAACGACAAGGGUCACAUCUACCCCCUAUCCGAAGAAAAAGCGCGGCACAUCUUCCAAGUGUUUGAUAAGAAUGGAGAUGGCUUCAUUGAUAAAGAAGAGUUCACGUUUUGCUGGAACCAUUGGAUUAAAGUGAUAGUGCGGCCGGUCAGCGCUUUCCUCAUAGUAGAUGUGCAAAAUGACUUCAUUUCGGGAACCCUGAAUAUCAGCAAAUGCAACGCUCAGCAGGAUGGCAGUGAGGUGGUAGAACCAAUAAACCGUCUCCUGGACUCCGUGCCGUUUGACUGCGUGUUCUACUCGCUGGACUGGCAUCCACCAGACCAUGUAUCGUUUAUCGAUAACGUGCAUUUGCGAGAGUUGGAUCCGUCUAGCCCGGUAUCAGCGGACAAAGCCCAGGCAUACGAUACGGUGGUGUUCGCUGGACCGCCGCCGAUGAAACAACGCUUGUGGCCGAGACACUGCGUGCAAGACUCGUGGGGUGCAGAGUUGCAUAAGGAUCUUAAGAUAGUAGAAAACGCGAUAAAAGUGUACAAAGGUACCAACCCGGAGGUCGACUCGUACUCCGUGUUCUGGGACAACAAGAAGCUCACCGAGACUAGUCUCAGCACGCAGCUGCGCGUGCGCGGCGCUACCGAUAUAUACAUAUGCGGCAUCGCGUACGAUGUGUGUGUGGGUGCAACAAUAGCCGAUGCGCUCGGUAUCGGUUACCGCGCGGUGCUUGUUGAGGACGCGUGUCGCGGUGUUGAUAUCGCAGACAUGCAGCGUACUAAGAGCGCUAUACUUGCGGGCAACGGGCUGAUUGUUAGCUCGCAGGACGUGCUAGCAAUGGUGGAGGGUCGUGACAGACGGCCAGAGCUGGGCUACAAACUGGCCAUGGAACUCAAAAAUGCUAUGGAAGACCAAUAACUUAUAGGCCACUAACAAAAACCUUCCAAUUGAACAUAAUCCAUCCUUAGUUAUGAAUAUUGAGUAAAAGAGACAAAUAUGUUUUGCAUUACUCCGUCUUCUAUUUAGAAAUAAUAAUAUAAGCAAAUAGCUUUGAAAGUAUUUUGAAGCUCGCAAUAGGCGAUUUUGUUUUGACUUUACAAGGCUUUUAAAAAAUAUGUUUUCUGGCACAUAUAGAAAAAUAGAUACCAUAGUAGCUUUUCUAAUUUUUUUUUGGCAUCAAUGAUUUUGUUCUUUAGAUAGACCUACAAAAUACAAUAGGUAUUGAAAUGACAGCACUGGAUAGUUCAAAAGUAAUAUUUACAGUUUAUAGGUCACAAAAGAAUUAUACACAAAAAAAACUUUUCAAUAUUUAUAAUUUUUUUAUAUCUUUAUUUCCCUACGCUUUAUUGCAUAGAGUAUAUAGACUAUAGACGCUUUAAAAAAAUCGCCCAUGAAAAUAGUUCCUUUCUCUGUUGAUUCUCAUUUUUUUGUUGUUUUUUUUUUUGGUUAAUGGUUAUAUUUAUUGUAGUUUAAGUUUUAGUUUAGUCACGUAGUACUUAAUUGUAACAGAGUACAAAUAUAGUUUGUAGAAAUAGCAAGGAAAUGUAAAAACAAAAGAAUUAAGUGUUCCGUUUUUUUCUUGAGAGACGAAUCCCUAAACGUGACAAUUUUGUUUAUUUUCCAGUGUAUUAUUUAUUUUAUUAUUCGAAAAAACUAUUUAUUUAAAUGACUAUACAAAAGCAGUCCAUCAUUCCAACACGAAGAAAUCUCAACUUAAGUGCAUGACAAUUUUACAAUAAACUGCUUAUUUAUUUUAAUUAUAAAUAAUUUUAGUAAUUUAAGUUAUAUGUACUUAUUUACUUUUAAAAUUUUUAGGUAAGUUUUAUUAUACUCUAAGUAUAAAUUGCACGAAUGUUGCCACUUGAAACAACUAUUUAAUUUAAAUUAAUAAAUAUGUGUGUUCUAAAGUUUUCAUUAAUCCAGUAAAAACGUAUGUCUUGAAAUGGAUAACAAAGUUCUAAAAAUGUAUGUAAUUUGAUCAUAUUUAGAUUAUUCAGCAUAUUCAAAUAUGUAAAUUACUUAUUGUAUUUUAAAAUAGUGUGUGACAUGAAAGUUCUCUUAUUUAUCCGCAAAAUAGUCUACUAGAAUAGUGGAAAUUCGUACUAGUAAUAAGUUUAUUAAUUUUCACAUUUGAAUAAUAAUGAAUUACAAUUUUUAGUACCUAAAGGAGAGCUGAGUUUGAUAUUUAUGUCUUUAUAGCUGAUUGUGUUACUCGAAAACGCACAUAAUAUAAUAUAUAGUGAGAUAAAUUAAUUGGUAUCCAAGUACCUAUCACUAUAAAAAAAUCCGAUAACUUAUAAGUUAACGGAUAGAAAAUUCAAAAUUACCACAGACCUAUAAUAAUUUAUCUAUUUUCGAAAAAAUGUAGACAAAUGUGAAAAUUAACAUACAACGCACUAGAAAUAUAGACAUUCCUAUUAGAAAUAAUGUAACGGUUAGUGAGAACAGAUUCCUAAAAUACGGUGUGGAAUAUAUUUUACAAAUUAAUUUAUUUUACUCUUUACCAAGUGAAGGGUAACAAUAGGUGUUAUAGGUGGAAUGAUCAUUUUUAUCAUGGUUCAUGAAUAAAUAAUUAUAAUGUG